UGGUGAUAAAACAUUCAUUCAUUUGCGCACCUGGCACUCCCCUUAGCGUUCCUAUUUUGUCAUGACUUCAAAACUUUUUUUUAUUUCGACCCUUUUCGCCUGCAGCUUUGUAUCUUGCGGGAAGAUCACGUUACCCCUGACCAAACUUUUAAGAAGAUCGAACCGUCCCUGUGAUCUCGAUGAAGACUGCACGACACCCAAUUCCUACUGUUAUGAAAGAUCAAUGUGCCUCUGCAGGGACACGUACAUCGCAGUGAACCAAAACAAAACUUCGUUCAUUUGUAUUCCAGCUGCUAAGCAAAUCGGCGAUCACUGCAUUUAUGACAUUCAGUGCGAAAAGACUCUCGGCACUCUUUCGAUCUGUUUGCCCAGAUCGUCGGAAAGCGUCGGAAAUUGCACAUGCCGUCAAGGGUCUCAUUUCAGAGAUAACAGAUGUUACAAAACAGCAAGGAUAGGAGAACCAUGUACGGUUCACAACAACUGCCACAUCAAAUCCAGUGAUAUUAAAGUCUACUGCACCAGCGGGUAUGGCAACAAGGGGGUCUGCGUAUGUCCUCCUGGCUUCCACUCGCUGGACAAUGGAACCGACUGUAUCGCUUCUUCCGAACUGGGCGGAGAAUGUAUUUCAGACGCUUCCUGUACAGCACUGAACACGAAAUGCCUAGCUAGAUGCGUCUGCAAGGAGAAGUACGUGUUGAACGCCGCGAAAAACCAAUGCCUCCCACAUUCUACGGGCUUGAACGGCUACUGUAGAGAAGACGUUCAGUGUUCCGCCAUCGUGAACGUCUCCAUAUGCCACCCGAUCAAAAAGAAAUGCGUCUGUAGCGAAAUGUGGUCACGGGAAAUAAACGGCACUUGCUUUCCCGUAUUAAAAUUGGACGAAGCCUGUAGUCACAAUCACGAAUGCCAUCCUGGAUCGGAGAAUGACACGAGCGUUGAAUGUUACAACGGCUACUGCCAGUGCGUGCACGGAGCGAUAAGAAAUGGAAACGAUUGCAUAUUACUAAGAUCUAUUAUUGGAGAUACAGGAGGCCGUUCCGUCGCUUCAACAUCAUUUUCUAAACAUCGUACGAUCCUCCCUGCGAUUCUUCCAAUUUUAUAUUUAUACUUUAGGUGAUGUUACGUCAAAUUAUUUAAAUAAAUUAAAAUUAAAUCAAAAUCGACAAUUCCAUUAUCUGCCUUUAAAUCUUAUUUAAAUUAAAAAUGUUACUUGUAAUCCGCAAUGCCGGUUGUAAAAUGUUGUAUUAUUACUGUGUAAUAAUGUAUAAAAUUUUAAUUUAAACAAAAUA